AUGGCUGCGUUGAAGACUAUGUCAUCUCGGAUCUUUCCGCGCCGCCGCUUCUCGUCGUCCAUAGAGUAUAUAGUGCGAAAGUCCAAGGAUCUGGAGGCGGCCAAAGGAAUGACUUCCCAGAGUGCUCGAGCAGUGGUCGAUUUCCUCAAUGAAUCAGUUGAGAAAUCAYGAAAGCAAAUUCAGGAACAACAUUCUCUUGACUGUGACUAUGAGAUCGCAAAGACGAAAAUGUAUGUUGACAUAAAAAUGCUAGAGAUCGAGAAAAUGAAAACGGAGUUUCAGCUCAUGGUGAAAACGAAGGAGACCGAGAUCAGUCGUCUACUUGCGGACAAUCAAACCAAUGAAACAUUGAUAAAACAUGUUUGGAUUUCAGUGUGUCCACGAGCAUAG